GGCGGCAGGCCGCCUGUGUCAUCCGCCAUCUUGUGGGAAGCAAGGUGGCCUCCACGUUCCCUGAGCGACUUCUCCGCUUCUGCCUUGACCGCCCCUUGACCACAGACAUGUCUCGGGAUCGGUUCCGGAGCCGCGGCGGUGGCGGCGGCGGCUUCCACCGGCGAGGAGGCGGCGGCGGCCGCGGAGGUCUCCACGACUUCCGCUCCCCGCCUCCCGGCAUGGGCCUCAAUCAGAACCGCGGACCCAUGGGCCCCGGCCCGGUCGGAGGCGGCCCCAAGCCUCCGAUCCCGCCACCGCCGCCACACCAACAGCAGCAGCAGCCGCCGCCGCAACAGCCGCCGCCGCAGCAGCCUCCGCCGCUCCAGCCGCCGCCGCACCAGCAGCCGCCGCACCCGCAGCCGCCGCCGCCGCCCCAGGACUCGUCCAAGCCCGUCGUCCCGCCGGGACCCGGCUCGGCGCCCGGAGUCGGCAGCGCCCCGCCGGCCUCGGGCUCGGCGCCCCCGGCCACCCCGCCGACGUCGGGGGCCCCGACGGGGCCCGGCCCCACCCCGACCCCACCGCCCGCGGUCUCCGCGGCGCCCCCGGGGGCGCCCCCGCCGGCGCCUCCCAGUGGCGGGGUCCCCACUACUCCCCCGCAGACCGCGGGCCCGCCGCCUCCGCCCACGGGGGGGCCCGGCCCCGGCCCCGGGCCUAAGCAGGGCCCGGGCCCCGGCGGCCCCAAAGGCGGCAAGAUGCCGGGUGGGCCGAAGCCCGGCGGCGGCCCGGGCCUGGGCGGGCCGGGCGGCCACCCGAAGCCGCCGCACCGUGGCGGCGGCGAGCCUCGCGGGGGCCGGCAGCACCACCCGCCCUACCACCAGCAGCACCACCAGGGGCCCCCUCCCGGGGGCCCGGGCGGCCGCAGCGAGGAGAAGAUCUCGGAUUCCGAGGGGUUCAAAGCCAACUUGUCUCUGUUGAGGAGGCCUGGAGAAAAAACUUACACGCAGCGAUGCCGGUUGUUCGUUGGCAAUCUGCCCGCUGAUAUCACAGAGGAUGAAUUUAAAAGACUAUUCGCUAAAUAUGGAGAACCAGGAGAAGUUUUCAUCAACAAAGGCAAAGGAUUCGGAUUUAUUAAGCUUGAAUCUAGAGCUUUAGCUGAAAUCGCUAAAGCUGAACUUGAUGAUACACCCAUGAGAGGUAGACAGCUACGAGUUCGCUUUGCCACACAUGCUGCCGCCCUUUCUGUUCGAAAUCUGUCACCCUAUGUUUCCAAUGAACUGUUGGAAGAAGCCUUCAGCCAAUUUGGUCCCAUUGAAAGGGCAGUUGUAAUUGUGGAUGAUCGUGGAAGAUCUACAGGCAAAGGCAUAGUGGAAUUUGCUUCUAAACCAGCAGCAAGAAAAGCAUUUGAAAGAUGCAGUGAAGGGGUUUUCUUAUUGACCACAACUCCUCGACCAGUUAUCGUGGAACCUCUUGAACAGUUAGAUGAUGAAGACGGUCUUCCUGAAAAACUUGCACAGAAGAAUCCAAUGUAUCAAAAGGAAAGAGAAACACCACCUCGAUUUGCUCAGCAUGGCACAUUUGAAUAUGAAUAUUCACAGCGGUGGAAGUCCUUGGAUGAAAUGGAAAAGCAGCAAAGGGAGCAAGUUGAAAAAAACAUGAAAGAUGCAAAAGAUAAGUUGGAAAGUGAAAUGGAAGAUGCUUACCAUGAGCAUCAAGCAAAUCUUCUGAGGCAAGAUCUGAUGAGACGCCAGGAAGAAUUAAGACGCAUGGAAGAGCUUCACAAUCAAGAAAUGCAGAAGCGUAAAGAAAUGCAAUUGAGGCAAGAAGAAGAACGACGUAGAAGGGAAGAGGAAAUGAUGAUACGACAACGUGAGAUGGAAGAACAAAUGAGACGCCAAAGAGAGGAAAGUUAUAGCCGAAUGGGCUACAUGGAUCCAAGAGAGAGAGACAUGAGAAUGGGUGGUGGAGGAGCAAUGAACAUGGGAGAUCCUUAUGGUUCAGGAGGCCAGAAAUUUCCACCUCUAGGUGGUGGUGGUGGCAUAGGUUAUGAAGCUAACCCUGGCGUUCCACCAGCAACAAUGAGUGGUUCCAUGAUGGGAAGUGACAUGCGUACUGAGCGCUUUGGGCAGGGAGGUGCGGGACCUGUGGGUGGACAGGGUCCUAGAGGAAUGGGGCCCGGAACUCCGGCAGGAUAUGGUAGAGGGAGAGAAGAGUAUGAAGGCCCAAACAAAAAACCCCGAUUUUAGAUGUGAUACCUAGGCUUUCAUUCCAGUUUGUUUUUGUCUUCUUGUUUAGAUACCAAUCUUUUAAAUUCUUGCAUUUUAGUAAGAAAGCUACCUUUUUAUGGAUGUUAGUUUAUUGACCUAAUAUUUGUAAAUGGUCUGUUUGGGCAGGUAAAAUUAUGUAAUGCAGUGUUUGAAACAGGAUUUUUUUUCCUUUUUAUUUCCUUUUUUUUUAAACUGUAUAAUGUCCCUCAAGUUAUGGCAGUGUACCUUGUGCCACUGAAUUUCCAAAGUGUACCAAUUUUUUUUUUACUGUGCUUCAAAUAAAUAGAAAAAUAGUUAUAAUAUUGAUCUUCAACUUUGCCAUUCAUGCUUCUAUGCACAUUAGGCUAUAGGUAUUUCACUUGAAAGCAUGAGACUGUCUAGGCCUUUGAAUGGCAUUUGCCAUUUUCGGGAAAUGUAUUUGUAGGCUAAGUUUGCUUUCUACAAAUAAGAACCCCUUGUUUUAAAAAGAAGAAACGCAUAUUGAAGUAGUUUGAUUUGAUUUGUUUGGCAUUAUAGGAAGCCGGUGCUAUUUUUAAAUGGUUAUGUAAGCAAAGCUGAACUGUAACUCUUCAUUUAGGAAUGUGUAUUAAGAUGAUGGAAUUGGCUGUAAGACUAUUUGGUAGGGGGAGAGAGUGGGUAUGACUAAAUGAAUCUUUGAUGGCACUACUACGAUCUAUCCUUUUCUUGGAAGUUUUUGAAGAAAAAAAUGGAAAGAUUUUGUUGCAUUCCUCCAUUGUUUUCUUUAUUUUUUUUUUUAAAGAACAAGUCCCAAGCCCUACCAAUGGCUUGUAUUGAACUUUCACAUUUGAAUUAAAAGAUUGUUAAACAUGAA